CAUCAGAAUCAGAACCCACUUAAGUGAAGUGGUUUGUCAAUAAACAUAUAAAAUACAUCAUUUGUGAAAACAUCAAUAAGACAUUGAGAGAGAAGUCUAUUUACGAAGCAGUCGAACGUUGUUAUCAAAUAUCACCGUUCAUGUCUUCUAAUUCAAUGGAUUCUGAAAGGCAACCUUAUCCAAAUAAUCUGUUCAAUGCACUCUGGAUUACAGUGAUUUUAUGUGGCUGCGUUGGUCUUGUCUUGCACAUAUACUCGAUAUUUAUUCAGCGGUUUCGACCACUCUUCCCCAUAAAGUGAUCACAAUAAUAUUUGUGAUCAUAAUAUGGAGUGUAGUCGUUGUUUUAUACUGCCGUGAAUUAUGCUGGGUAUACAGCUUGAUUGUGUUGCUGUUAACAUCUGUUAUCGGAGUAUCAACAAUGCUUAUCGGUUUCAAAUCGAAACCUUUAUCAGAUGCUGGAUAUUUCGUCUUCUUCCUAAUAAGUUUGAUAUUCAUUAUCAUCGGAGUCACGUUCUAUCUUUUUUAUCAACUGUUCGGUCCUCCUUUCCAUAUAUUAUAUGGCGUGUUUAUUGCCAUUGGAAUAGCUUUUGGCAUAUUCUGUUCUACAGUGUGGUUGAAAUAUUCAGGUGAUAAAUCGAAAAGUUCAACUGCAUUUACAAUUUACAUAAUAUCACUCGAGACGAUGGGACUAUUUCUAACAAUUUUUGGCCUAUUCUACUGUCAGCAGACACUCGAUUCAAAAUCGGGGGGGAAGAAUAUUCUAAGCCAGUUUUGUGCUAAGCGAAUCAAUCUUUCAUGAUAAUUGAGUAAAUAAACG